AUGCGGUCUUUAAGUUCGGUUUUGUUCUUUUUGAUUGUACUCGUCACUUGGUGCAACUGUGAUUUAUACCCGUACGUUCGCCGCUCAUGGCAGGAUGCACUGAGCCACCACGGAAACGCGCAUCACGCAGAUUCUGAUUGGAGCAAAGGGGGAGGAAGCAGUCAUCAUUCAGACCACCACGAAAGCCAGGGAGAAAAAGGCGAUUCCGGGCACAAAAAAAACUACGGUUUCGAAGAGGGUAAGAAAGGCCACCAUGACAAAGGAGACAAAAAAGACAAUUACGCAGAACACGGUGGACACAAACAUAAGCACCACGAUGAAGGCGGCUACUACCAGGAACACCACAAAGGCGAAAAAGGGCAUAAAGGCCAUGAAUAUGCCGACAAAGAUUCAUAUCACAAAGGCCAUUCGGUAAAAGGCAAACACGAAAUACACAAAUUAGACGAAUACAAGAAGAACAAGGAGUUUUACGAUGAACACCAUGACGAAGGACACCACGAAAAACACGGCGGAUACUCCCACCACCACGGUCACAAAAAAGGCGGGCAUCAUCACAAAGGACACCAUCAUGGAGGCUACCAUCACGAUAACAAAGGUAAAAAAGGCCACUUCUCCAAAGGUUCUCAUCACCACAAUCACCAUGGACACAACAACGCCGGAGGCCAUGACGAAAAAUACAAACACUACGACAAACACGGGAAGAAGGGAGGACACGAGGAACACAAAAAAUGGGGUUACCAUAAAAAACAUUAA